GUCGUCAGCAUGGGCUCGUGGCUUGGCGAGGUGCAGUGGCUCUUCCUGGUGUCGCUCUUCGUCGCGGCCCUGGGCACCGUGGGCCUGUACUUGGCGCAGUGGGCGCUGGCCAAGGCGCGACCCCCGCCCCGGCGGCGGGUGGAGCCGGAUGAGCUAAGGCGCCGGGAGUCGGACACACUUCUUUCCUGGAUACUGACACGGGAUAGCUGGGGAAAUCAGUGGCAAGCAGCCUGGGUGACCGCCCUGAACUAUGAGGCCGAAAAGAGAGGGGGUCCACUGCGUCUCUCUUUCCAGAAGGACCCACAGCCACAGUCUUUGCAGCUGACAGUUGGGGAGGUAUCCAGUGUGGUCAAGUCAACCCAGGAGAAGAUGGUGAUCUGUCAUGUGGUGGGUGAGACUCUCCAGUUCUUGGUCAGUGCAGGGCCUGCCUCCACCACAGGCUCAGAAUGCCAGCUGUAUGAUGUCCGGCUUUCCCCAUUUCAUUUAAAGGUGGAAUUCCACAUGGAAGAGAAGAGAGAGGACAUCCAGAUCAGGUGGUCUUUUACCCAUGUACCAGAAACAGCCAUCACGAUCCAGCCCCAGGCCCCAGGGGAGAAGCAGCUGCUCAGGGUAAACAUGCUUUCUGAAGCCCUUGAGGAUCUUUUCAAGCAACUAGUUAGUGCUGCCUCUCCAUCUGUUUUUCUGAGCACCAAGCCCAUGCAGGUCAAAGAAACUCAGACUCUACAGUGCACUUCCUCCACUGCUCAGGAACCCUGCCCUCCCAAACCUCCAAGGGCUCAUGAACUAAAACUGCAGGUGAAGAAUAUCCGAGUUUCCCUGCUAAACCACCCUGGUGCUUCAGGCAUUAGCCAUGUGUGUGUGGCCCAGCUGAACGAUCCUGCACAGCGAUUCAUCAGCACCCUAGUGAGAAACACUACUGACCUCAGUUGGGAGGAGGAAUUCACCUUUGAACUGAAUGCCAAAUCCAAGGAGCUGCUCCUGCAGAUCUCACAGGAUGAGUGCUCCUCAGAAGGUCUGUUGGGGAUAGCAACCAUUCACCUGGACUUAUUUAGGAAGCAGCCUAAUGGCCCACAGACCUUCAGACUGAUCAGUGGGACGGAUCCUGACAGCUUGGUUUUGGGUUCAGUCACUGCAGAGUUUUCUUACGUAGAACCUGGUGAGCUGAAGUCCUGGCCAGCUCCUCCCCCUGUUUCUGCUGCAAAGAUAGAAAAGGACCGGACAGUGAUGCCAUGUGGGACUGUGGUCACCACUGUCACUGCUGUGAAGACCAAACCUCGCUUUGACACUGGGAGGGCAUCCCCACUGACCUCGGAGUCCCCUGUGAGGACACCCGUCAAAGUGAAGGUCAUUGAAAAGGACAUCUCUGUCCAGGCCAUUUCAUGCCACAGCGCCCCUGUCAGCAAGACAUUCUCCUCUUCAGACACGGAACUGUUGGUGCUGAACGGCUCAGAUCCUGUGGCUGAAGUUGCCAUUCGGCAGCUCAGUGAGUCCUCAAAGCUGAAACUGAAGUCUCCACGGAAGAAAAGCACCAUCAUAAUUUCAGGGAUCUCCAAGACCUCACUAUCUCAGGACCACAAUGCUGCCCUCAUGCUGGACUACGCAGCUUCAAUGGACAGCACCAACCAGGGAGAUGCCACUUCUGCUUUGUGCCAUCCAGAGGCACCUGAAGCCUCUGCCACUGACCCACCUAAAGAAAAUGAGCCAGCCCAGACCCUACCUGCCCUCAGGCCUAGAGAGAAUGAUCUAGAUUCCUGGGACCUGGAGAAGGAGUCUCCAGUAGCAUCAUGGAGCGGUCCAGCCCUGCAGGAGCCUGAUAUGGAUGAACUGUCAGAGAGCUCCCUGAGUACUUCAGAGCUAGGCGCUAUGAAGAAGCAUAAAGAAGGAAUCCUAAGGAAAGGCGCCAAGCUCUUCUUCCGCCGGCGACACCAACAGAAAGACCCAGGCUUGAGCCAGUCACAUAACGACCUGGUAUUCCUGCAGCAGCCGGAGGGGAGGCAGAAGAAGGGGGCGACCCUCGGCCGGUUCCUGAACAGAAAGCUGCUUACCAGGCACAGAGGCAAACACACCAUGAAUGGAGCACCCAGAGAGCCCUGCAUAUAGCCCAAGUCACCCCCUAUCCUCACAGCUGAAGAAUGGGGAACACAAAGGCCCCAACCAGAACAGCAGGAACCAGUGCCAUCAGAUGCCUGCUUGUCUAGCUUGUAUUUUUUCCCUACUAAUCUUGUCUUUAAAAGGGAAAAAAACCAAUCUGUGUCUAUGGCUACGAAGCUUCCCCUGAGAGGACUGAUAACACAGUCUAAUUUGCUACACUCAGUGUCUGGUUCCAGCUUCACCAUGCCAUCAAAGCGCUGAGAGGGAACAUAAGAGGGAGACUUGCAUCAUUAAAGCCAUGUGCAAUCUGAUGGACUAUGGAUGGUAGGCAGAAGGGAUCCCAGUCCACCUACUUCUCUCCUGCAGGACUAUUGGGGUUCAUGUCUGGACCAUGUCAUGAGGUGUCCCUCUGGGUUGUUGCUAUGAGCAAGAUGGGCUACCUCACCUAACUUGUUUAGAAUUAAAAGGUGCACCUGGUCCUGGAGGCAAGGGUAUGGAUAUAGGCAGGAAUUCUGACCCAUGGGAAAAAUAGGAAAAGAUGUGCUUUGACAAGUACGAGGUGUUCACCUUUGAUAUUAGCCAUAGAAAUUAAAAACAUAUGCAAACACUAAGUGCGUUCUAUGAAGAUGGUGCCAGACACUUCCAGUUUUACUCUAGCCUUCUUGCAAGUGGAGGUGUAGAAAUUCAGAUGUGUUUCUUUGUUUCUUAUGUCAGGGGCUCUGUUUUUUCCCAUAGUACAGACAGCAUGCUGAGCUCAAAUAUGCUAAGGGUGAUAAUAGGAGCAGUGAAUGACAGCUUAUAGGAUAUGACCAUAUAUAUAUAUAUAUAUAUAUAUAUAUAUAUACACACACACACACAUAUACAUACAUACAUACACACACAAUAUACAUAUAUACACACACAUACACACACACAUAUAUAUAUGGUUCUUGUCAAAUAUAGCUAACAGCCAAAACAAAGAACUUUUAGGGCAACUGAGGAAAUUACUCUGUAUCUCAGGUGCCAGUUAGUCUUAGGCGUAGAAGUUCUAUAACAAUGGGCCAAACUUGCAGAAAUUCUUUUUAUGGGAUCUCAGAAUUUUACUGUGAACAGAGGCGUCUGGUCACAUUUUAGGGUAUUAUGGUUUUGGUUUACUGUGGGAAAAUUAUAAAGUUGGCACCUGGCUUCAGUGUCCCCACAUAAGGUCCAUAGGGUGUUGUCUUAAUCUGUGUGCCUGGCACUGUGGAUGUGCUGGGUCUCAGAACCCUCUAGAGCCAUUGUCUUUGGGUUAGGGUGUCUGUUUUCUUCCCAUAGCAGUGGAAAGGCUGACAGUAAAACCUGUGAGCUCUGUCACUGACAUGAAAUCAGGAACUUCCUUCUGGCGUCUUCUGUUCAUUAGAAACAUGUAUUUCAGGGGCAAAGUCACUGUUGACCAAAAACGUCUAUGAUAGCCAACAUUAUAGGAAAAUGUUCUUUUUUUUUCUUGUUUUAGCAAGAAAGAUUCGUAAACUACAUUUAGAAAUCAUUUUUCUUCCUUUCUAUUCGUUCCCAAAGAUCUUGGGAUUAAACCUGUAUCUUUGUGCACAGGAGACAAGCCCUUAUCUGCUGAACUGUUUCCCUGGCUCUCUUUUCACUUUUUGGUUGUCAUAGUAGGUUUGACUGCUGUGAACAGACAAUCAUGACCAAGACAAUUCUUAUAAGGACAACAUUUAAUUGGGGCUGGCUUACAGAUUCAGAGGUUCAGUUCAUUAUCAUCAAGUGGGAGCAUGGCAGCAUCCAGGCAGGCAUGGCACUGGAGGAGCUGACAGUUCUACAUCUUAUUUAGAAGUCAGCUAGGAAAAGACUCUCUUUUGCACUGGGCAGAACUUCAAAACCCACACCCACAGCUAUGCACUUCCUCCAACAAGGCCACGCCUCCAAUUAGUACCACUCCCUGGGCCAAGCAUAUUCAAACCACCACAAUCAUCAUCAUCAUAAUUAUUGUCAUUAUUGAGCUAAGGUUUUACUAAGUUGUUGCCUGGGCUGCUGCCCUGUAAUUCAUUCUGUAGCCCAAACAUAUCUUGAAACUCUGAUUCUCCUGCCAUCAUCUCUCAAGUUGCUGUGAGUACAGACCUGAGCCACUGGGCCCAGUGAACUUUACUUUCAAAUAAACAUUUGAAAAUUCUUUAUGGGUGUGGUGACACAGGCCUGCAAUCCUAGCACUUAGAUGGUGGAGAGAGGAGAAUGUUAGCUUCCACCUCAACCUGGGCUAUAGGAGACCCCCCCUUCUCAAAACAAGCAACAACAAAAAUAGAACAAAAAGAACCUGGAAGACUCUUAAGUAGUUCUCAGAUGACUCUGAAGAGACAUUUUAAAUAUGCUUUGUCUUUUAAGAUCACUAAAUGUUAUUCACUGCAAAGUUCUAGAAUGAUCCAUCCCAAAGCCAGUAAUCCCCACUGCUUUUUGGAAAUGGAAGUAAUUUAAAUGCUGUGCUUUACUUGAAGUAUUGUUACUCUAUGCAGUGUGCAGAAUUGUGAUCCAUAGCUGUCAAUUCCCAGAGACUACAGGUGCCAGGAAUUUUGAUUCUGAUGCAAAAUACAUAGUGUAAGAUAAUCACACUGAUGUAUUUUCAGUGUGAGCAGUAGCCCUCAUCCAGCAUACUUGAGGCCAGAAGUGUUUCAGAUUUCUUUUGGAUCUGGGGAUAUCUUGAUACGACUUUACCAUCUAAGCAUCCCAAAAUAUAAAAAUUUCAGAAAUAUGAAACUCUUUGCACACUGUGGUGCAUACAGAGUUUUGGGUUUUAGACUUUGGGUUAGGGAUGCUCAGCCUAAGCAGGUUUUAUUGGUUUUGGCAUUUAGGUUAAGUCUAUCCAAGUAUGAAGGUAUUAGAAUUUUAGGUUAUACAUUUUCUUAGCAAGAACAAAAAAGAACAAAUAAUUUUGUAUCAAUCCUAGCCCACAAAUAACUCUGUGAGCAUCUUGCUCCUGGCUUCCCAACCACAUCUGAGAUCGGCUUCCUCUCGGGUCUCCAUUGAGUAGCCUUUCCCAGUUGUGAACAUCAUCACAGCAGAGGGUGCAGAGAUGGGGGACACAAACAGGUAGCCUCAGGGAGUAACCUGAGAAAAUGGGCCUUCCUCAUACUAUAAAAUCCCUUCUCCAAGCUGUUUAUUUCCUUCUGUUUCUUCAUAGUGUAAGAUAAUUAUGUUGAAAUGCACAUCGUUAAGAUUGUGUACUAGGUGCCAACAGCACACAUGCAUCAGUCACCUCUGUCCAACAAACUUCACUACAUUCUUUGGUGACUUCAGUUGCUGUCUUAAGAUUUUGGCAGAGUGCUGGUUUUAAAGCAAUUUUUCACGAACACUAAUCCAUGUGCCUGUGAAUCUGUAAGCAGAACUCAGGUUGGCUGGAGUUGGCCACAUUUCCCCUGUCCUCCAUGCAGGGACUGGAUAGAGCUGUUGGUGUGAUGUUGAGUAGCAGUAACAGAACGAGGGCGCCCGUGCUCUGACUGAGAACAUACUAUGAGCAAGAGGAUUUAGACAAAGCACUUUAUUUUACAUUUUAGUUCAGGUUCAGAACUACCCUGCUUCCUCGCUGUGGCUGCUUGGCCAUUUAUUGCUGACCAGUUCCAAAUCGGAUUUUUGUUUGAGUUUUCCCUGGCCAUAUUUACAGAAAAGAGUUGUGAAUUUUCUUAUGCAGAAAGGGAAAGAUUAAUUUACAUUGCUGCCACCCAAAGUGUUGUGUUUUUGUUGUUGUUGUUGUUUUGUUUUUUUGUUUUGGUUAAUAAGCUCAGGGCUGUCAAAUCCUGAACUUUCGAAGGUCAAGUUGAUAGAUGGUAGAAGGCAAAAUGUGUCUGUCAUAGAAACAGGUGUGGGCACUGACUGACAACCAGGCAUUGGCUCCACUAUCCCAACAGGUGAAAAGACUUGAGGACCAAAGCACCUGCACAGGGACAAAGACACUGUUCAAACCAGCAGUGCAAGCUCCUAUCACCUCUGGCUCUUUACAAAAAAAUGUCCAUUUUCUGUGUAUAGAUAAGUUUUGGGCUCACCAAGCUGCCUGGCUCACUUUGCUGAUGUUGGAAUGAAGAUGUGAUUAUCCCUCGGGCUGUAAGCUGUGGCUUUCUGUCCACUGUCACGUCAAAUCUCUGUGGCAAAGAGAAUAAGAGUAAAGGCUUCCCAGGUGUGUGACAAAGCUGAUGCUGGUGUGUGGCGACUGGCGUCUGUGAAAAGGAUUGUAUUUGUUACAACAGACAUGGGUGGCUUAGGAUGUCAUGCAGUAAGACAUGGCUGGAACUUUAUUGACCUCUCAAGAAAUAAAUGUGCUCACAGAAAACUUUAA